AUUCUUAAAAAUCAUGCAAAUGGUGUGAAUGAGGCAUUGCGAAUUCACAGGUUAAGCAAAAUAAAAAAAUAAAAAAACGGGUUGGUUCUAUCAGUCAGUUUGUCUACAGCAGUCUCGAAUAAUGGGCUAUGAAUAACAUUUGCAUAUACGUUCCAGUAUGUGAAAGCAUGCACCGUGCUGUAUUGUGCCAAGGAGUCGCGCACAGGUACAGCGAAUGUUGCAGCAUUGCAGGCAGCCAGCCAGUCGAUGCAGUGAGUCACUGAGGUCAAUACCAAUGGACAAGUGGCAAUGGUAAAAUGCAUCGAGACCUUUGGGACUGGAGUAACAUGAACAGUCCACCUUAAGAAAUAGGUCUGUGCAAAAGAGCACCAUAGAAGGGGGCGUGGCGCGGGGGGUUUCCGUGUCUGCCCUGGCAACUCACCUGCUUAAGGUGGUCCAGUGAAAUGACAUCACCGCAGCUCCACCUCAUUUCAGAUCAGUGCUCCGAAGAAUACCAGGAUGUGUUCAGUCAGAUCUAGAUAUCGACGAAGUACAGCAAUUAUCGGACAACCAUAGCAACAAAAAAAAAAAAAUAAAUAAAAGGUCCUCAGAUCCCAGCAAAGAAACAGACCACAGCUUCGAGUGACUAUUGACACGGCAUAUAUAUAACUAAUUCUGUGCUCAAACUUGAAUUGUGUGACAGUUCGGGACCCUGUAUAUGAGGGGGUUUUUUUGCAUUAGAUUUCCGUCUUUUGUAAGAAUUGGACUUGUGGUUUUAGGUUUCUGGAAAGAGUUUCUGCUAUAGAGAAGUUAUCCCGCCAUCAUGAGUACCGUGCAUGACGGCGUAUUUCUGUCUGCUCUCCAGCGCAAUACAUCUGUAUCCAGCUAUGCGCUGCCCUCCGAGAUCCAUCUCGGACACGGGGCCAGCGGCUACGACCAGAUCGCAAAAAGCCAGCGUGUGCAGGAACAAGUGCGAAUGAGGAUGAUCCAAAGCAAAGCGCACAACUCGGCCGCCACACCGAGGGCUAAUGGCAACGCCAGCGCGUCUUCAGAAUACAGAAUGUCUUCUGAAAUGAAGUAUGCCACAGUAAACCCUGCAUUCAGCUCCAAGUCUCACAUGUACUCCAUGGAGAGGAAAGACGCAGGGCCGCAGGUGUCUCAGUACGGCACAGCCCGGUCCGGUGGUUGGAGCUCACGCUCGGCUGUGGAAAUCAGUCCCAACAGGAAGAUGAGCCUGGGAGGUAGAGGAGGAGGAGGAGAAGGAGGAGGCGGGAGCAACAUCGUCUACAGUCGAGGGAGUGAUGACAUGGGCUACGGCUACCAGACCAGCCAGUCCACCAUGCGCAGCGUGAGCAGGGCCGCGCAAGAAUCCGACACCAUGUCCAUGCGCUCCAUGCGAGUGAACAACUUGCCCCCUCAGACCCAGCCUUGGGUGGACGACGGGGAGGGCAGCAUGAUCUCCGACCAUUGCUUCGGGGGAGACGGCUAUGGGCACGCCCAGGUCCAGAUGGUGUCCAGCAACGCCGGGGUCAGUGCGAUGGGCACCACGGGGAGGACGAUCAACGGGAGCCUGACCAGCAGGAGUGGGGACUGGCAGAUGGAGGAGCAGCUGUACCAGAACAGCAUGAAGCCCCGAGGUCCGGCCAUGCGAACCCUGAGUCGUCUGAACCAGAACGCUAGCCGGCAAAACAGAAUGAGCUUGGGCUCUGUUUCCGGGAGCAGCACCAUACAACAGCAGAAAGUGGUUAUGGAAUAUGGCAGUCUGCCGAUUUCCAGGGCCAUGUCCACUGUGAGUCUGAAGAGCAUGACAAAGGGAAAGGACAUCUUCGAUGGGCAGGAGCACAUCAGUGUCGGAGAGAAAAUGAGUGACGGCUUCAAUGAUAUUGACAUGCACUCUGCUGUUGAAUGUCUGGCUGCCUCUGACCCAGCACUGCAAGUUUUAGGCGCUGCGUACAUCCAGCAUGUAUGUUAUAACAGCACUGAGGCCAAAAAUCAGGCACGCUCCCUGAAGGCAAUCCCACGGCUGGUGAAGCUGUUCAACUGCCCGAACCAGGAGGUGCAGCGCUACGCCACGGGGGCCAUGCGCAACCUCAUCUACGACAACAUGCAGAACAAGACAGUGCUCAUCGAGGAGAGCGGCAUCCCACAGCUCAUAGAGGCCCUGCGUGAGCCCGACGACGAGCUGCGCAAGAACGUCACAGGGAUCCUCUGGAAUCUGUCCUCCAAGGACAAUCUGAAGGACAAGCUGGCCAGCGAGACCCUGCCUGAGCUGACUGAGCGUGUCCUGGUGCCCCUGUCUCAGUCCAACAUUCAGCAGAGUCCCUCUGAGUCUGAGAUCUUCUACAACACCACCGGCUGCCUCAGAAACUUGAGCUCAGUAAACGAGAAGGUUCGUCAGCAGAUGCGGGAGUGCAGGGGGCUGGUGGACUCCCUGAUCAGCUACACCCAGUGCUCUGUGGAGAAUGGCAAGGCAGAGGACAAGGGCGUGGAGAACACGGUGUGCAUCCUGCGCAAUCUCUCUUUUCAGCUCUACACGGAGAUCCCACCCUUGGCAUCCAUGCAGCUGGAGGGACCGUCCCGCGGACAGGACGAGGAGCCGGGUGACGUCAUGGGCUGCUUCACCCCCCAGAGCAGGAAAACCAAACAGAACCAGAUGAAUGACCAGCUGACGUUCUCUGAGGUGGCCAAGGACCCUAAGGGCAUGGAGUGGCUGUGGCACCCCCAGAUCGUGGGUGUGUACAACAGAGUCCUGCAGCGCUGCGAGAUCAACAGCAGCACACGCGAGGCAGCUGCCGGGGCACUGCAGAACAUCACAGCUGGGGACAGGAGGUGGGCCUCAGUGCUGAGUCGGGUAGCCAUGGAACAGGAAAGGAUCCUGCCGACCAUCCUGGACAAUCUAAGAACAAGCAACGAACAGGAGCUGCGCUCGCUGACCGGCUUCUUACGCAACCUGUCUCGCUACGCCCGCAACAAAGACGACAUGGCAACGAAGGUAGUGAAAAACUUGCUAGUCAAGUUGCCUAGUGACAGCAGCCAGGCGGAACUCUCCAGUGAGGUCAUCAUCAACAUCUGCGGCGUUCUCAACAACCUGGUGAUGGGCAGCUCGGUGGCGGCCCGGGACAUUGCCUUCUUCGACGGGCUGCAGAAACUCGUGCCGAUCAAGAACAACCGGAGCAGUUCCUCCAGAGAGAAGGCAGCUAAGGCAGCCGCGACUGUUCUGGGAAACAUGUACACCUACAACAAACUGCACCGCGACUACAAAUUGAAAGGAUUUAAGAAAGAGGACUUUGCCGAUAUCAGCGUCUGAGAGGUUUUUUCUUUUUUUUCCUCUUAUUUUAUUACUUUUUGUGCUCAGACUACUGGAUAUAUUUUUUUGUAUUUUGUAGAUUAUACAUUUUCUUAUACAAAGCUUGUACUCUAGUCAUUCUCUUUUAUAAUAGCAAAAAGAACAGAAGAAAAACAGAUAACUGCCUCUAAGGGUUUCUAAUGUAUAUAGAACUCUGUGGACUCCUUUGUCUGUGAUCUGUGAAGGACCAGCACGAUAUACUGUACUUCUACAGGAGAAACACCAGCAUGCUUUCAAUGGAGAGCAUCUGACUUCUACAAGCCCUGGAAAAAGUAGCUUCCGAGACCCCAGCACAGCUCUGAAACAGCCGCUAAAGAUUAAUCUCCAGCAUCCAUCACCCAGUCCGACCCCAACAAGGCUACGCAUUCAUAGUUUAUGUUUGAAUGAAGUCUUAUUAUUGCAAUGUGGCUAAUAUUUCAUCCCAUUUAACCUCUCCCAUUCACUUUGUUUUCUUUCGUUGGAAUGUUUAAUUUAGACACGGUGCCACUGACUGGCAGAAUGUUGUAACUGAGGAGGAUUUUAAAGGGGAAGUCAAAUAAGAAUCUGAUAACAGUUCAUGAAACUUGAUCACUUAUGCCUUGCACAUGUCAUUGUGUUCUGUAACAAAUAAGGUAGGCAGGCAGGCAGGUUUUGUAGAAUAAAAAGCUGUAUUAUACAGAAAUGUAUAUAAUAUAGAUAGAAUAUAUUAUGUAUACAAAAGCUUUAAUUUAGGUCUAGCGGUACCCAUCGUCCAGGAUAUAUAGAUCACAGGACAUGAUUCGCUGCUUAUUCUUGGACAAGAACCAGGCUUUUAGGACAGACUCUGACCGAUCAGACACACUUGGAAUAAAUUCAAACACCCUCGUUAAUAAAAUGUCACAUAAACUGGAUGGAUGUGUCUGCUGUGCUCUGUGCUUAUUCUGGCUGAUAAUCUGAAACGUGCUGUAAUUGUAUACACUGUUCAAUUAUGCUUUUUUUAUUCUUUUGUAUGACAUAAUGUAUUGUGUAUGUUCAAGUGUUUUUUAGUAAAGUAAUGGAGAACCAGGGAUUUUUACUUAGAGGUAAAUAUUUUUGAAUAUUUCGAAUAAGCUAAAUAAAUUCUCUCAUAUCUGGGUGUCUAAUAAUGUAUAAUGUGGCUGGGGUUCUUGAAUUGUCACUUACAUUGUAAGGAUUUCAAGUGUAGUUACAAAUAAGAUUUUAUGAAACCCUAGCACUCACUCAUCAUGAAUAAGCUUUGCAAAGUGGAUGUGCUUCAUUCGAAUUCCCAUUGUCAAAAACCAUAAGACAUUUUUGAAGGAAUGUUUUUUUUUUACAAGAGUUUUUUUAACAAACAUUACAGGAGUGCUUUGAAAUCUGAGAAUGAACUUCUAACCUUCCUGUAAACACCUGAAAAUGUUUAACGAACUGCAAACCUGUUUGGAUCGCUCAAAAAAACAAGACAUUCCUUCGCAAAACUUUCCUUAAGUGUCUGUGAAUUGGGUCAAUGGAGUCGUACUCACAAAGCUUUUUUUAAAUUAGUCUGUUUUAAUUAAAUAGUUUCAUAUUCAUGAACCCCUUCGAGGCUCAGGUUCAUUAAUUAAUUAGCGACAAUCUAGGAAACCAAAUGUGAUGUGAUUUGAUCAAAAGACUUAAAAGAAAAGGCGCUGAAUUCUCAAAGAUAUUUACUCCAAAUCAUCAUUAGCACAUUUUUAUUUCAGAGAUGAGAAACACACACAAUAAAGUUACCAAAUCAGCUAUAAACAACUAAGACUUUUUACUUAAGAACGUGUAAGUAGUUUUAAGUUGGUUCUUAUUUGUGUUUUUUCAGAUAGAAAUUGUGCUAAUGAUGAUCUGGAGUAAUUAUCUUUGAGAAUUCACCUCACUGCUCUUAUAUCGUGUAGCUUUGGGAAUUGGGCCCACAAGCACUUAAAAUGAAGUCUCACCUGUGUUCCGCUCAACAACAAUUCAUUUGCAAUAUUAAAAUAUGAUUAUGUUUUAUUUUUGUAUAUAUUGAGCAGGUAGAUUGGUCCUUCUCCCCCUGAUCCUAUCUCAGGAGGUGUAAGAGGUAUACCCCAGUGUACAGUGUUCAGGACAGCUCUAGGUUUAUACUACUGAAACAGGUCCUUAGAAGAAGACGAUUUUGUCUUUUGAACGAUCUUUUGUCAUUCGAAGUGUUAUAAAAAAAAUAAAAAUAAACUGGUUUCUAAUAUAUACAUACUGCACAGGUCAAACCAGGAACUCAAUGGAAGAUAUGAUACUACAUGACUUGCCCUUUAAAUGUAUUCAAAGGGUCCUCUCUGUGUGCUGUAUAACUACUUGCAUAGCCGUUUACAUUGUUCACGUAAAACUACAGAGUUUCUGCAGUGUGUGCCUAUCAGCACACUAGGAAAGAGCGCUAUGCUGCUUGAUUUGUACUGCUUUCAAUAAACGGGUUUGGAGGAGA